UCUCGGUGCCAAUCGCGGCGCUCGGACGCUAGAGCGCUGGUAGCUCUAGCCAAUCAGAGGGCGGGGUGUGUGACAGACAGGGCGGCUCCGCCCCUGUAAGGUGCCCGCUGCUGCGGGUGAGGUCGGAGUGUGCUAGGCGGCUCGGAGUGAGCUCUUCUGCAGUGGAAGAACCAGCAAGAUGUACGCAGCGGCCUUUGCACUAACCGCUCUGCACGGAUUUAUGCUCUGCAGCGGAGAAACGGCGCAGAACAGCUCCACACCCAGACUAAUCCUUGUGUCAUUUGAUGGAUUCAGGGCAGACUAUUUGGGAAACUACUCUUUGCCGAAUCUCCAGGCCUUCAUCAGUGAUGGCGUAUUGGUGGCCGAAGUGGAAAAUGUGUUUAUAACAAAGACGUUCCCCAAUCACUACUCUCUAGUGACGGGUUUAUACGCGGAGAGCCAUGGAAUUGUUGCCAACUCCAUGUAUGACCCAGACACAAACAUGACCUUCCAAAUAUCCAAUUACACUUCUAAGACAGACCCAGUGUGGUGGAAUGAAGCUACACCCAUCUGGGUGACCAACCAACGCGCAGGCCGCAGGAGCGGUUCUGCCAUGUGGCCAGGUAGUGAUGUGCGCAUUCAAAAUACCACCGUCAGCGAAUUCAUGAUGUAUAACAGAAGUGUAACCUUUGCCGAACGGGUAAAUAACAUAAUCGAAUGGUUUACGAGAGCCAAUGACCCAAUCAACUUUGCAACGCUUUACUUUGAGGAACCUGAUUCUAGCGGACACCGGUUUGGGCCUGAUGACACCGGAAAGAUGGCUAAAGUGCUGAGUGCUGUGGAUGAUGGUAUUGGAUACUUGGUGACAAAACUAAAGGACGUAAAUCUUUGGGAUACAGUCAACGUAAUCAUUACCAGUGAUCACGGAAUGGCUCAGUGCUCGAAGGACAGGGUUAUCGCGUUGGACGAGUGUAUUGGCCGUGGGAACUACACCCUGGUGGAUUCAACUCCUGUUGCAGCAAUAUUGCCCCUUAAAGAUCCGAUAUCUGUUUAUAAUCUGCUGAAAACCUGCAGUGAGCACAUGAAGGUGUACCUGAGGGAAGACGUUCCAGAUCGCUAUCACUACAAGCACAACAGCCGCAUCCAGCGCAUAAUCCUGGUGGCUCACGAGGGCUGGACAAUAGUGCAGAAUAGGUCGUCCUCCAUAGUCUUGGGGAAUCACGGAUAUGACAACAGCCUACCCAGCAUGCAUCCUUUCCUCGCGGCGCACGGCCCGGCUUACCACAAAAAUUACAAGAUGCGCACCAUAAACAGCGUGGACGUGUACCCAAUGAUGUGUCACAUCCUCGGAUUAAAAGCCGAGCCAAACAACGGAACCCUGGCCAACACCAAGUGCUUGCUGGCGGACCAGUGGUGCAUCCGCCUCCCAGAAGCCAUUGGGAUUGUCAUGGGGGCGAUCAUGGUACUCACCACAUUGACCUGUGUAGUGAUUCUUCUUAAGAAAAAGUUGCCAUCUGCGCGUCAGUUUACACGGCUGGAGUUUCAGGAUGAUGACGACCCUUUAAUUGGGUGAUAAGGAUGCGCGCAAAAGAUGGCUUCUUUGCUGGUCGACCUAAAUUGUACCGUCCCAGAUGACCGACACUUUAUCCGUGACGUUACUGGUAUUUGCCCUCUGGCAAAUAAAAUGAGCGGGUAUAUCUAUCAAUCGGAGAUUUAAAGCAGCUUUUAUUUAAAGUAGUACAUGGAGUGUAAUCACCGAUUGAUGAAUCCCAUAGUGCCCGACAUAGUCUCUCACUUCAGUGCAAUAGGAAACCUGUGGCUUGCUAGCAGUUGUGUAACCACAAGUAACAGCAUGCCCUGCCAUACAGAGAUGCCACAAAAACGGCAACGUCAGAUUCUGCCUUGGUGCACCUUUUAUAGCUUGAUUUUUGUCCCCGCUUUCAUUUUAAUUGCCCUAUAAAUUGUAUAUUGUUAUAUAGAGAAGUCUAGACUGCAAUACUUAUAUUUUUAAGACUACUUGAAAAAACUCUUAAUUUGUAUAUUUGUAACUAAAGCAGAGCUUUAUUUUCUGGGAGAUGGUUUAGCUGCUGUAGAUCCUCUAUUUGUUGGUAAUGUGUGAGCGUCCCGGGUACUUGUACAGAUGUUAUAUUGGUAAUAUGUGUUGAGCACAAACCAUAAGACACUGAUCAGUUGCUCAGAACAGUGUGAGACUUUUCACUAAUGCACAUUACAGCAUUCACAGGUAAACGCCCACCGCGUCUGUCUCUUACAUCUGAUCCGCAGUGUCGGAUCUGAGGCAGGAAUACACCUUAUUCUUAUAUGUGACUGUGUGUAUGGUGUGCAGCAUGGGCCAUUUAUAUCACAAGCUUCCACUCAUGUAAGUGUGUAUGUUGGAUCAGCAGCCAGUGAAGGCUGAACCAUAUAUGGGAGAGAGGUGGCAUGUUGCAGACCACACCGUGUCCUUCCUAACUUAUAUGAACUGGGGGGUGAUUUACUAACAGAUGCAAAUGUGCAGAAAUCUGUGCCAACCAAUCAGCAAUGUGUUUUCAUGUCUGACUUGCAGUAAACUGAAAGCUGAUUGGUUAGUGUGGGUUACUUCCCCUCCUGUUAGUAAUGACCUCUAUGGAUUUUAUUCAUUGUCUAUAUGCAGCAUGCACAGGACGUACAGAUACUAUGGGCGUUAUGAUGCACAGGACGUACAGAUACUAUGGGUGUUAUGAUGCACAGGAUGUACAGAUACUAUGGGCGUUAUGAUGCACAGGACGUACAGAUACUAUGGGCGUUAUGAUGCACGGGACACACUGAUACUAUGGGCGUUAUGAUGCACAGGACACACUGAUACUAUGGGCGUUAUGAUGCACAGGACACACUGAUACUAUGGGCGUUAUGAUGCACGGGACACACUGAUACUAUGGGCAUUAUGAUGCACAGGACACGCUGAUACUAUGGGCGUUAUGAUGCACGGGACACACUGAUACUAUGGGCAUUAUGAUGCACAGGACACGCUGAUACUAUGGGCGUUAUGAUGCACGGGACACACUGAUACUAUGGGCGUUAUGAUGCACAGGACACACUGAUACUAUGGGCGUUAUGAUGCACAGGACACACUGAUACUAUGGGCGUUAUGAUGCACAGGACACACUGAUACUAUGGGCGUUAUGAUGCACAGGACGUACAGAUACUAUGGGCGUUAUGAUGCACAGGACGUACAGAUACUAUGGGCGUUAUGAUGCACAGGACGUACAGAUACUAUGGGCGUUAUGAUGCACGGGACACGCUGAUACUAUGGGCGUUAUGAUGCACGGGACACGCUGAUACUAUGGGCGUUAUGAUGCAUGGGACACGCUGAUACUAUGGGCGUUAUGAUGCACGGGACACACUGAUACUAUGGGCGUUAUAAUGCACGGGACACACUGAUACUAUGGGCGUUAUGAUGCACAGGACACACUGAUACUAUGGACGUUAUGAUGCACGGGACACACUGAUACUAUGGGCGUUAUGAUGCACGGGACACACUGAUACUAUGGACGUUAUGAUGCACAGAUACUAUGGGUGUUAUGAUGCACAGGACACGCUGAUACUAUGGGACACACUGAUACUAUGGGCGUUAUGAUGCACAGGACACACUGAUACUAUGGGCGUUAUGAUGCACAGGACGUACAGAUACUAUGGGCGUUAUGAUGCACGGGACACACUGAUACUAUGGGCGUUAUGAUGCACGGGACACACUGAUACUAUGGACGUUAUGAUGCACAGAUACUAUGGGUGUUAUGAUGCACAGGACACGCUGAUACUAUGGGACACACUGAUACUAUGGGCGUUAUGAUGCACAGGACACACUGAUACUAUAGGCGUUAUGAUGCACAGGACGUACAGAUACUAUGGGCAUUAUGAUGCACAGGACGUAUGGUUACUGUGGGCAUUAUGAUGCAGAGGACGCACGGAUACUAUGGACGUUAUGAUGCACAGGACACACUGAUACUAUAGGCGUUAUGAUGCACAGGACGUACAGAUACUAUGGGCGUUAUGAUGCACAGGACACACUGAUACUAUGGGAGUUAUGAUGCAUGGGACACACUGAUACUAUGGGCAUUAUGAUGCACAGGACGUACGGUUACUGUGGGCAUUAUGAUGCAGAGGACGCACGGAUACUGUGAUGCACAGGACAUACAAAUGCUAUGGGCGUUAUGAUGCACAGUUGUAAGUAGUGGACUGCUAUGGGGUUGUAACUAGCGGUUUAAGCACUGAAACUUUAUUUUUCAUGUUUGUAAAUAGACAUUUGCUGUUGAACUACAACUCCCAGCACAUCCGUUUCUCACGUAAAUAGAUAAGAUAUACGGUACCUCUCCUACGUUGCGUUCCCUCACCGUUUAGCCAUGUAGCUAUUGGGGACGUGUAGUGACCACCUCUAUGCCAUUAUUUGUCUUGUGUGUCAGAUGUGUCACUGAUGCACCUGUAGGACACCAGGCCUCUUCCAUGUGCACUAUGGAUUCUGCGAUGAGAACCACUGUGCUAUGUACAUAACUAGAAACCGGUGACAAAGCUACAAUUACAGCGCACGCCGGCUUUAUUCUCACACUGUAGCCGUGAAGUAAGUGGAUGGUAUUUGAAAAACCAUAACAUUGCGUUAACAUUUUCUUACAAAUUACACAUGGGGGGGGGGGGGGGAUUCAAUAGUUUCUCUGCGCCCGGUCUCACGUCUAAAGUGACUGGACAUUGCGUGGCGCAAUUCAACAGUUUUUUCUAUUGUGCCCAGGACUGCCGGCUUAAGCCGCAUAAAAUGGCUACACCCGACUAACGUUCUGGGCACGAUGCAAAAAGUGCAGUUUUGGUUCACAAACAGGUCACUUUAUGCCCAUUUCUCCUUGCCAGCGUGGGGGCUGUGAGAAGAUAUGUCUCCCCGUGACUAAUUGCGCUUGAACGGAAUACUUCCAUUGGGCACCAUCUAGUGGUGGCUGCGGAAAAAAAAACCAUUUGAAUCUCCCCCAUUGCUGGUAUGCAUUGAGUAGGUUACAUACAAUGAGAUAGAUGGCAGUUUGCUUAUUUAGUCCUUGCUACGGGUACGCUUACCGUCUGUAUAAGGGCCGUCCACGUUCAGAUUGCUUGUACGCCGCUGCCUGCAGCUGUCACCAGAGAUAUCUCUGCCUGGUGCGAUGGUAAGCGAUGUAGGUAUAUGCGCAGAGCGAGAUGGGUCUCUGUUACAUAGUGCGACAACACGGUUCUGCACUGUAUACAAUGUGGGGGAACAUCUUUGUAUAACGAACGCCGGCUCGUUAUAGAAACACGUGGCUGCAGAUUGGAAGGGAAGCCAUAGAUACGAGGCAGUGUAUUUAGCUGGAGUUGCAGGAGAGAAAGUACAGUGCAAUCAGUAAUAACCUGACGGUAGAGAGAAGCGUCUGUAUACCAUUCCCGUUAUGUCUGUACGUUUAUUUUUGCAAACCAGAAAGUGCCGCCCAGCAAGCCGUUCUGCUCAGAUCUUGGGGUAGAUUUACUAACGCCUCCAAAACACACAAAUGGAGGUGAUGCCCGAAGUGACCAAUCACAUUCUGUCAUUUUCUAGAGAGUAAUAGAGAGAGGAUAGCUGCAGUCUGGUUGCUAUGGGCAACACCAACACUUCUCAUUUUUAGAAACUGUAGUAAAUCUAACUCCUUGGGCAAUGUGUGCCUCACUAUCUAUGGGGGAACAACAAGUACUAGCAUCCCAUGCUAGCCAGAGGUCAGUACUUGUGGUUCCAUAACAGUUGGUCACACACACGUUGCCAUGUACAUUAUUGCAGCCAUCAGUCUGCACAAGUUAUAUAGGACUUGGGAAAUCAUCAUCCCAGACACCAUGUCCCUCUGGCGUAGUGGAUAAGCUCCAUAAUAUGGCAACGUGCACAGUAAUAUAUAGGAUAUGCAGGGUUUAGCUGUCUGUAUACAUAUGGCCCAUAGUCCCGGACUUGCUGAGCCUGUGUGAUUUAUGCCUUAGCGCUGUAAAGCCUUUGGGGCAGAUGUAUUAAGCCUGGUGUGAUAAAGCAAGUGCAAGGUGAUAAGUAGGGAGGCCAAUCCCGGGAUCGGGAUCGGCGGGAUCCCGGGAUUUAGGCCCAAAAAACGGCCGGGAUUCAAUCCCGGGAUUGGAAGCUCCAAUCCCGGGGAUUGAGGGAUCAGCGUUGAGCGUCCUCAGGACGCUCAGACGCUGCCUGGCUCCCUCCUCCUGUCUCCCCCUGCACAGCGUGACCUGUGACUGAGGUCACGCUGCGCUUUCAGCAGCCGCCGAGCCGGAAAGUACGGCGGUCUUCACCCGCCGCCUCCUCCCGGCUCACCCUGCACUCACCUGCAGGCUCCGCUGCACUCACCCGCCGGCUCCUCCUCACCCGCUACCUGGCUGUGCAGGUUUGUACGGGUUUUUUUAUGUCUGCAGGGUGGGAGGGGCGGGGCGUGGGGGGCGGCCGGACACAGUCUAAAGCCAAUCCCGGGUAUCCCGGGAAUCCCGGGAUUGAACAUUUUUCAAUCCCGAUACCCGGGAUUGAAAAAAUGGCCCGGGAUUGGCUUCCCUAGUGAUAAGGCACCAGCCAAUCAGCUCCUAACUGUUAAUUUACAUAUUGGAGCUCAUUGGCUGGAGAGUUAUCCCCUUGCACUUAUCACUGGUUUAUCACACCAGGCUUAAUACAUCUGCCCCCUUGUGUCAUUAUUUAUAUGUGUCUGUUCUUAUCUAUGUCUAUGAGCACAAUACUGGAAAUCGUGCUGGAUGUGUGGUACGGUGGGUGGUGGGGGUAGAUACAUACCUGUAUUUUAAGGUUAAUUUAUGUAUUUCUGUUUAUUCUUAUAUGUUGGCAAAUAGAAAAUCAAAUAUUCUGUUCAGAUCCUCUACGGAGCUAAAUUUAAAAAAUAAUAAUAAUAUUUUUCUAACUUUUCUCAUGCAUUAAUUUUUGUAAUAAAAUAUAAAUCUA